AUGGACUGGCCUGGCUCUGAAGCUCUGACCUUGAACUCGCUUCCCGCAGAGAUCCUCCAACAAAUCUUCUACCUGUGUACCACGCCCUCGUUUUUGCAACUAAUUCAGUCCAAUCACAGACUCUUUUCCCUAGCCUCUCAAAGCCGGGAAGUCCUCGUACACCACCUUCACCAUGUUCCUGGCCUGAAACUCGGUCUUGAUGAUACCUCCAUCCCCACCAGUGAGCUCUUCCUCCUCUUUCGCCAACGAGCAGCAGCACAUCUUUUCGGAACCAACUUGACCGCCGAUUGUCGAAACUAUCGCUUUCGCCGUGGCGGUGUCUUGGACCCGCACGCUUCAUGCCUUUCUUCCGACUGCGAUGGAAACAACGACGUCUCUCUUGUCUUGAAAAACAGCUCCCGGGUUUGCCUGUACAGAUCUUUGGACAAGGUUCAUGAUGUUAUUGAGUCUCCAUAUGCCGACGGACGUGCGAGGGUAAUCCAAGUCGUUCACAAAUCUUAUCUUAUUUCUGUCCUGUACGCCUGGACACCAGCUGAAAGAGAUCCACCUGGCGCGACGUCAAGUUCGAAGCCAACAGUGAAAGAGACCACUCAUCAGAUUAUCACAGGCCAAAUUUCGGCUCAAGAUGGAACCGCAAAGGCACCCACCCCAAACAAAGGGUCUGUACGUUAUCAUCUCCUUCACUACAACAAAUACUUCAGCGACCGACCGAUAUUCUACGCCAUCCCGACUCACAAGUCGUGCUAUCACAAAGUACUCGCUCCUGUCCAUCUAGCAGUACAUAGUAGCAUGCUCUGCGCAAUAUUAUGGGAUCUGCCGGACCGCUCGACACCCACCAGCCACGCCAGUAUAUUGUUGUACUCUCCCGACGUAGCCUCCCAGAAAGGAAAUAGCAUGUACAGGAUUACAGUGAUAUAUCCAUUUGACCACGUCGCCACGGUAUCUAGGGGGGACACCGGUGAGACCAGGGAAUCAGGCGACUUUACUGAUUAUGGAGGAUCCGACGAAGUCUACACCAACACCUAUUCACCGGAGCUGGCACCCGGGCAAGACCAGAGGCUCCUGCAUGCCGGAAUGAAGCCUCGGGCCAUUUCUUUCUUCAAAUGGGGACGCCGGCUGUUGCUCUAUGCCCCCGGCGCGGUUACACCGUACACCACGCUGAUGACGAACGAGAUAGUCCGCUACCGCCAAAUUGAUCCCAACCGCGUUCCGGGUAGUCACCCUAUGGAUCAUGUGAGGCUCGUGGAAUCCAUGGCCACACAUGUCCGGCGCACGAACAUUACAUCUAUCUACUCACACCGCUUCACGUUGGAUUUGCCGUUCUUCUCCCGGCACGAGAUUACUCUCCGCCCAGGUCUUCCCGGAACCGACAACGAAGCUUGUGAGACUGAAUGCAUAACCAGCUUCUUAUGCUUGGGAAAUACAACACUCCUACCGGCAACGAUCCCCAGACAUAUUGCCCAUGACAGCGACGGACUGCGGAACAUGACAGGCCCACAAGUCUUGACCAUUGUGCAGAUCCGUCGACGCCGUCCCUAUGACCAAUGUCAUCACGUGGAAUCUCGAGACGACUUCCCUGUCUUGCCUCCUCCUCCACCGAGGAGGCUUCAGCGAAUCUUUGACGAUUAUCCCAACCCUGACAAUAAUCCUGAUGGUGAUGAUGAUGACGAGAAUGCCGGCCACCACGACGACGCUGGAAUUGACGACCGUGACCGCGAUGAACUCGACAGUACCGAUGUGCGCGUUGUCGCUCGUUUGUGGGGCUGGAAUCCGCAAUCCACAACGCUCACAGGACUAGACACCGUCAGUGUUUCGCCCAUGGGCGAGAGGAUUGCCGUGGCCCAGUGGGAUCGCGUCUUGAUAUACGCCUUGGAUCCUGCAGCCUUGUGCGAAGAGGGUGGCGACGAAGGAAGCCGCUCGGAGAACGAUGGAGGAAGUAUCAUUGAGAGCGAGGCGGGCAGUGAGGAUGCUAGCGACGCUUGGGUUUCCCAUUCCUCGAUCCUGGGGCCGCCCGUCGAAGAGGUGGUGGAUGGGUCUGCCGACCCGUACGGGGCAACCACCCACACGGAGGACGACGACGACGACACACACGCGGCUCAAGGGGAACCACAAGCCCCGUCCACAAUGCCGCAGAACCCGACCCCGGCUCCCUCCGUGCCUCAGUCCACAACGCACCCCUCUGCGCCGAAACCGGCCUUUUCAACCACGUCGACAUCGGCAUCGACAUCGCAGCUUAUGAAUUUCUACCAUCGUGUCGAUGACGACAUGCUUGGCGGCUGGGUGGUCGAGCUAAAGCCGAUCGUGUUGAAAAUGGACGGCGGCGCGAUCGUGCGGCGAAUGAUCUGGGGAAAUGGGCCGUCAGGGCCCGGGAAUGAGCGACUUCAUUCCAACGAUGAUCAUACAGAGGGAGUCACCAUUCAAGAGAAUCAAGAGAAGCGCGAGCGGGAGAAGAAAGACGGGAAGGAUGAAGAAGAGACCAAUGGGAAGGCAAAAGAGAUGGAAAAUAUAGAUUUUAUUGUGCAUCGAGGUCAACAUUCCUUCUCGUCCAUCAAGCCCAUUGAACCGGGGAUCGGACAUGUCGAAACGGUGCCGACAACGGAAAAUGAGGGAAACUCCGGUCCGCCAGAAGACCCUCGUGGUUCCGAGCCGACAACAUCGAAUGAGCCACGCAUAUCGACAACAGAUGGGAGUAGCGCCAUCCUCUCAGGAGCCAAAUUCAUUUCCACCGAUUCAGUACCAACUGUGGCACCCGAAACUACACCUCCAGCACCAUUUUCAGACUCGAAAUUGACUGGUCAAAUCAAACAUAUUGCCCGACCUCCCGAAUAUUUCGUCAAGGAUACAUUCGCGGACAUUCCAUCCUCGUCCCCGUCUCCCGGUCUGGAAGAGCCAGAUUGGGGCAAAGGCAAAGAGCCCGAGUUGGCUGACGAAUCAGACCGCAAGGACGAUUUAAAACAUGAACAGGGAAUGGAUCUGGAUGAGCAUUCAUCUCCGCCACCGAUCGAGCCAUCUCACCCAUUGAAAGAGACUACUCCCCUUGAAAAGGUGGUGUCGACACAGUCUGUGCCCAAGGCCCCACCCCCACCAAAACGAGAGCGGCGAAAGAGGGUCACCGAGAAUGAAUUGACGAUUUUGACAGAUCGCGGGGUUCAAGUCUGGGAUCUCAGCGUCUGGGGCAAGAGAAGGCAGAUUCACUGUGAGCUCGCCGGUGAUGAUGUGCUGCAAUAG